UGACAGUAACACUGCAAGUAACUGUAUAUAUCAAAGGUCCACUCCAGACACAGCAGGAUAGCCUAUAUAAAAUAGCCAGCUCUGAAUAAUAGUUUGUGGUUUUUCCACAAAAAAAUGUAAUUACCAUGUUAAAAAUGAAUUAAUGAAUAUUUAGUGUAUUAUCGCUCAUCUGAGAAGUUUAACUACCAGACCCUUAUUUGCACUGAAAAGUUCAUUUUCAGUGUGUGCGCACUGAAAGUUUCAAGUUUGCACAUCACACUUGUGCAAUUUGCAUAUUGAAGCAUGAUUGUUUGCCCAACUGGUUUCCAUGUCAUAAAAUCAUUCAUGUGCGCAUGCAUCAGAUGUGUAAUGAGACACCUUCCUUCCUCAGCAGAUUAAUGUGAAAACAGAAUUCUGGCGUUAAGUGCCAAUAUUGAUAAGGGCUGCACGUCCUUUAGCUUUUCCUAGUUUACAGAGCGAGGGCGACUGUUUAUGCAGACUCACUGACAAGGCGUACUGACACAGUUCCAUGGAGCACAGCCAAUGCUAACGAUAUUAAUUACAACCGUGCUUUUCAUACUAUGACCAGUCAGAAUGUCUGCUGUGAAAAAGGCUCAUUCAAGGCUCCUGGUAUAAUGCAUGACAAGUGCUUGGUGGUCUUUUUACAGCAGUACUUGUGAUUAAAGUAUCAGACAUUUUUCACAACAUAGUUAAAUAAACAAGUUUGUCUUAGCUAAAAUGUGGGGCUACUCAGAAAUUCAGAAACAGCUACAGAGCUAUGCUGGUCCACUUCCUCUACCUGUAAAUAGAUACACCAAAGCACUAAUAUGUGUCACAUCCGUUUUAAAUUCAGGAAGCUUUUUCACAGACACUUAUGAAGAAGUGAUUAUGAAACCAAAAUCAGCUUUCAUUGUUAUGUUGCUACUUAAAGCAGAUUUUCCACACUUCAUCAUGUCACAGUAAGAGCUGAUACAACAGAGAAUUGUAAGAAAGUGCUAUUCUUGUUAUAAAGGUGAAUCAACACAUUUGUAAAACAUUGCUGUGAAUGAAGACCAGGAGCAUUGUCAUAUGUUGCUGCCAUUAAUUUUCUGACUUAGGUUUUCUCAUCCUUCGAUUACUGGAUCAUCAGCAUCAUCCCCGGUCUGUGAAGAAGACAGCAGCAUACUGUUGAAUAUCGGGGUCCUCAGACUACACAGCAACCCCUGUGAUGCUUGCAGUCAGCAGAUCCAGGUCUCUUUACCAGAGACUAAACAAUGAUAUCAAAGACAGGCUGGCUCUCUACUCCUUGAGUCUUCACACUACAUCCAACACAACAGUGAACUUGCUCAGGGAUGUUGACCCGGUGGUCUUUGCCAUUAGGAGAGGGGAUAUGGAGGCUGUUAAUGAUCUGGCAACAUCCGCCCCUCACAGCCUGCUGAUGGAGAACAAAGAGGGGUGGAUACCUUUGCAUGAUGCUGCCUACUGUGGACAGGCUGAGUGCCUGAAGACCCUACUGAGGGUCCAUCCAGGUUCAGUAGACAAACGUACCUUGCAGGAGCAGACGGCCUUGCUGCUUGCUGUGUCUUGUGAACAUUUGUCAUGUGUGCGGCGCCUUCUGGAGGCUGGCGCUGACCCCGACAUCAGCAGCAAGAACAAAGAAACCCCUUUGUACAAAGCAUGUGAGUUGGAGAAUGUGGACAUGGUGAGCCUCAUUCUCUCUUAUGGGGCCACUGUGAACCAGCGGUGUGGUCAGGGCUGGACAGCCCUCCAUGAGGCUGUUUCUAGGAACAACACAGAGAUCUGUGAGAUACUAAUAAGAGCUGGGGCUGCAAUCAAUCCAGCUAAUACCUACAGUAUCACACCGCUCACUGUAGCAGCUCAGCAAGGACAGACGAAGGCACUGUGUUACCUGAUUGGAAAAGGUGCAGAUGUGAACAUGCAGACGUGUGAUGGCAUUACAGCCCUGCAUGAGGCCAGUAAAAAUGGCCACAAGGAAGUCGUAGCAGUGCUGUUGACUAAAAAUGCAGACGCCAACAAACCCACUAACUCAGGACUGCUGCCUCUGCAUAUUGCUGCCCAGUAUGGCCACCACGAGAUUGUGUCCCUGCUUGUCUCAGUGACAAGUCGAGCCAGGCUCCGGCACAGUUGGAUCAGCCCCCUCCACCUGGCAGCACAGCACGACAGACACACUGUGGCAGCUGUGCUUCUGAAGACAGGUGCAGAUGUAAACCCCACACUGGCCCACAGUCACUCCAUCCAGUAUGCUGAUCGACGCGCCACAGCCCUCUACUUCGCUGUUGCCAACGGCAGCGCCAAGACGGCAGAGGUGCUGCUGAACGCUGGCGCUAGUGUAAGCCUGGACCCAGUCAGUCCUCUGCUAAUGGCUGUACGUCAGGGCUGCGUCAGCACUGUGUCUCUACUGCUGGAGAAGGGGGCCGAUGUCAACGUCAAAAUCCCAUCUUAUGCCACUACGUUCCCUGCUGUUAUUGCACUUUGCAUGAAUAAUCUGCCCCUACUCAAAUGCCUUUUGGACAAUGGCUGUGAUGCAUUCUCCUGCUUUACCUGUACAUACGGCAGUGCCCCUCACCCAUAUUCAGGAGGAUCCAAUACAAGAACUGUUGGCAGCAAUGGAUCCGUUUUACAGAAUGACAACAUGCUCCCUUUAAACUGCUGUGAGACAACAGAGAGGGCAACACAGUUCUGCGAGUGGAUCUCAUCAUCAGUUAUGUGUAAAUGGGCAGGACCGAUCAUAGACUUGCUGCUGGAGCAUGUUGGUCAUGUUCAGCUGUGCAGCAAGCUCACUGAACUACUGGACAGUCGAGAAGAAUGGCUCGCCGUUAAGAGGAAGUCAUUGUCGCCUCGUCCACUGCUGCACCUUUGCAGAUUGAGGAUUCGGAUCCAAAUGGGGAGACACAGACUGAAAUCUCUCACAUGUCUACCCCUGCCAGACAGAGUGAUCCAAUACCUGAGCCUGGCUGACUGACUUUAAGAUGAACUUCAAGCAAAAUAUGCAUCAGAGAUGUGACUAAAUGUAUCUCUUUGUGAUUCUUUUUUUAGUUGCAUCUCAUGUCUUGAAACUGUACAUGGUCGUCUCAAAUCAAUUCUCUAUGUAUAAAAUAUGUAUUUAUAGCAUAUGUAACGUGACAAUAACUUUCUUUAAUCUGUCCUUUAGAAUGUUUUUUUUCACAGAAACCUUCAGUGAGAGGUAAAAAUGAUCUAAUGCCCAAGGGAUUUCUUGAGGGAAGUUGAAUCAUUUAUUUAAAAAUAAAAAGCAUUGUCUCAAAUGUGCCUAUCAAACAUUGCUUUGACAAACAAAAAGCAAUCUAUGUCCCACAUUCUAUUCUCAUAUUUGAAAGAGGAAACUAAAAGAGGAUGUUUUCAUUCAUUUGCAUGGCUUCUUCCUACCUUUAAAAAGAACAGUAUCUGUAGAAACCUAAAAGUAGAAACCUUUUAACUUACUGUCAAUUAGACUGGUAUGAAAUCAGACCGGUAUGAAAGUGAGGCUGAUGACGUUUUUCUGCAAGUGCAAUUUAGUCCUUUAGAUUUAAACAA